AUGGCCACCAAACGCAGCGCCCCCGACUCCUCCUCCAACAACGACUCCCGCCCCCAUUGGAAACGCCCCAAACACCAAGGCGUCUUUCAACCCAAGAACCCCGAGAACCACGGCAAAAACUCCUUCAAAAAAGCCCACACCGUCAACGACUUGAAGAAGACAGUGCGCAACAUCACUCGCCUACUGGAAAAGUCCAAAGAUCUCCCUGCCAAUAUUCGCGUCGAGAAAGAGCGUCAACUCCAAACCGCAACUCGCGACCUUCAAAUUGCCGAAAAGGCACGCAAGAGGAGUGAGAUGAUUGGGAAGUACCAUAAGAUACGAUUCUUCGAUCGACAGAAGGCGGAGAGACGGUUAAAAAAGGCGAGGAAGGCGCUGAAGGAAGCGGAGGGAAAGAAUAAAGAGGGCUUGAAGAGGAAGGUGGAGGAGUGUGAGAUUGACGUGAAUUAUGCGCACUAUGCGCCGUUGGAGUGGGAGUAUGUCUCCCUCUUCCCUACACGGAGGAAGAAGGAAGGAGAGGAAGAGGAGGAUAAGGGUGUUGCUGGGAAGGAAGUGGAGAAGCAGGGAGACUCUGCGAUGUGGGAGAGGGUGAGGAGGUGUAUGGACGAGGGGACGUUGGGGGAUUUGAGGGAGGGGAGGUUGGAUGGCAAGGGGGAUGAUGACGAGGGGGAGAAAGUAGGGACGAAGUUGAAGUCGGUCAAGAAGGCGGCGAAGACGCAAAGGAAAGAUGACCGGUCUGCGAUGGGCAAGAAGGUCCAGGUGGAAGAGGAGCAGCAGAACGAUGAUGAGAGUGGUGAUGAGAGUGGUGGUGGUUUCUUCGAAUGA